UAUGCGCCAUACACAACAGCCGCAGAGCAGUAUCGACAAACGUUCACAUAACAUUUAGACGUAAUAAAUAUAGUGUCACUUCUCUCCUUAUAUUUUAGUAUUAGAUUAUUCAAACUUCAAACCUCAACGUUUUAGUUGUUUAAGUGUUAAGUGUAUCUGAAUAUGUUUGAGUAAUGCAUAGUGCCGCAUCCGUAUACGCAUUCUGAAGCAAUUACGUAAUGGGAAUUAUGCUAGAGAAGUUUACAGUUUUGCCCUGAAAUUCAACAUGGCCGCUGACACGGGAAUGGAUACUUGCCCUAGUCCGGAAAUUACGGACUCCAGAAAACGACCACUAGAUGGAGAUUCUGAAAAUGGAGACAUCAAAAGGUCACAUUUUAGCUCGGGUGGACGUUGUUUUUUAGUUCAAGACUUGGUGACGGCCUUGCCACUGGCCAACGGCCAUGGCAAUAUAACGUCUCAUUUCGCAGUGGAGCCGACGUACCACUUCAAGGUGUUGGUGCCGUCGAUGGUGGCUGGUGCCAUCAUCGGCAAGGGUGGUGAGACCAUCGCCCAGCUGCAGAAGGAUACCGGCGCGAGGGUCAAGAUGUCCAAGUCUCAUGACUUCUAUCCAGGUACAACGGAGCGCGCUUGCCUGAUUACUGGCUCCGUGGAUGGCAUCAUGAUGGUGUUGGACUUCAUCAUGGAGAAGAUCAAGGAAAAGCCGGAACUGGUGAAGCCAUUCCCAGAAGGUGUAGACACCAAGAUGCCUCAGGAUAGAGAUAAACAGGUUAAGAUCUUAGUACCAAACUCGACAGCGGGCAUGAUAAUAGGCAAGGGCGGCAACUACAUAAAGCAGAUUAAGGAGCAGAGUGGCAGCUACGUCCAGAUAUCGCAGAAGGCCAAAGAACUCUCUCUACAAGAGAGAUGCAUUACUGUUGUAGGCGAAAAAGAGAACAACAAGAAGGCGUGUUUGAUGAUCCUGCAGAAGGUGGUCGACGACCCCCAAUCUGGGUCCUGUCCCAACGUGUCGUACGCUGAUGUGGCGGGCCCUGUCGCAAACUACAACCCGACGGGCUCGCCCUACGCCGUACCCACCUCUGAGGUGACCGAGGAUCACUGUGUGCAGAACCACGCGCUGGGCGGGUCAGUGGGCGGAGUCGGGGGCGUAGGCUCCGUGGGCUCGGUGCUGGUGAACGGCGCGGCGGGGCUGGGCGCGCUAUCGCUGUCCCUCUCGCUCGCACCGCCCGGCACGCCGCCCCCCUCGCCCCUUACUCAGCACACGCUCGAUCAUAUUAAGGCGGCACUCCGUCAGGCGGGGUACUCUGAGGGCGGUAUAUCAGAGAUAGGCGCAGCACUGUCGCUGCUGGUGAAGCACGGUGUGCUGGGACUGGCGCUGCCGGCCGCGCUGCCGCCCGCGCCGCUCUCCGCCGCGUACUUCCCGCUGCCCGCGCAGGACUCGCCCGCGGUCUUCGGACCUCUCGGACAAGUCGGACUCGGCGGCGCGCGCGGCGGCUCGUUAGAGCGUUUCGCGGAGGUUGCAUUCGAGGCGCUUCGCCCCCCAGCGGUGGCGCCGAUCUCGCUGUCGGCCGGCGUGAGCGGGGUGGGCGGGGUGGGGGGCUUCCCCUCGGCCUCGCUGCUGCCGCUCUCCAAGAGCCCCACGCCGGCCGACGCGGGCGCCAAGGACUCCAAGAAUGUCGAGAUCGCCGAGGUUAUCGUCGGCGCCAUACUUGGGCCCGGUGGGAGAAGCCUCGUCGAGAUCCAACAGAUGUCGGGUGCGAACAUCCAGAUCUCCAAGAAGGGUACGUUCGCGCCCGGCACUCGCAACCGCAUCGUGACCAUCACCGGCACGCAGACCGCCAUCAGCAACGCGCAGUACCUCAUCGAGCAGAAGAUCCAGGAGGAGGAGUUGAAGCGGACACGUCACAACGCCAUCUCCGGACUCAUGCAGUAGACCCGACAAGACAUACCUGCGCGCGGCAACCAUGUAUGCGUAUUUAAAUUAAGGACACGAGUUCGCACUCUCGAGUCGAUGUAUUACUUUUUGUUAAUGGUCAAAAUCAGGACAGGGGUUCUUUUGGUUAAUAUUUUAAAGGCGCACGUAUACUUUGUUGCCGCGAGCCGGGUCAAUCGGAACACUGCCUACUCGUCACAUCGACGACAGUUCGUUACAAAAUUCGUUGUUGCAUCGUAGAUUCUAGUUGUUUCUAGUCAUACGCCGGUGGUGUUACGCCGUCGCGACGGCUAGGGAGUUAUCCAGCAUAGAGGAGUGGCGCGAGUUACCUGAGCGUAGUUGUAAUUUUACCUUGUUUUUUUUUCGUUUCGUAUUCGUUUCGGAGGGUAGUCGCAGUAGUCGAUGCGGCGCGCGUGGCGCACGUCUGUCGCGUCUCGCAGCUGGUGCAAUAAUGAGCCGGGGUCGUGCAAUGUCCAGCGCCGCGCUCUCGCCCCGCGCCCCUCGCCCCGCAUCGGCCCAUAGUCAUAUUUACAAUAAAUAAAUAAAUAGAUUUAUCUAUAUUCAUUUAACGCAUAUAUAAUAUUCGUGUUGAACAUUUUAUUGCAGUAUGUUUGUUUUUGUCGUGAUGACAAGCGAUGGUUUGAGAGCCGCUUAGCGACUCACGUUGUUAAGAUGUUGUAUAAUUAAUGUGUACGAUUGUGAUAUCUCCUAUCACGGAAAAUUCCUAUUCCAUUAAAUUUUUAUUUUUGUAUAUUAUUCACCAAUUUUCGGUUGCGUUUGUUUGAUUUCAUUGUAAAUGUUACCAUUGUUAAGUUAUUUAAUUUUUUUUUAUGUUCAUGAUAUGUCGUUAUAUCGACGUAUUGCAAAAUUAAAUUUAUUAAAUAUAUGAAUUUGUUUAGAAAUGCUCGUACGCCUUAGUUGAACGCAAGUUAAUCAGUAAAUGGGAAUUUAGGAACCAAAUAAUUAUCGUAACCAAAGCUGGUAAUUUUAAUUUUUUGACAAAUGAAUAAUUUAAAAAAAAACAACAGAUGACAUAUUUUAUU